GAUCAGCCCGAAACUCGAAUUGACGGCCCAUCGGAUCAAUUUCUAGAAUGUUCUAGACUCAUUCAAUACCAUGGCUACUCACGUGGACACGUUCUUUAGCGGAGACCCUAACCGCCUUCUAUACAGUUUGUAACUCGCUCUCCAUUUUCAUGCGCUUACUGAGAUUGUUCGCGAAUCCUAUCGCCGUCCGAUUCUUCUCUCGUCCUCUGUGCAUAUUGAAAAUGGCGAAGGAUAUUUCAUAUUUUGAGUUAAACACCGGUGCUAAAAUUCCUUCUGUUGGGCUCGGUACGUGGCAGGCAGAGCCUGGCGUCGUCGGACACGCGGUUGAAGCAGCCAUUAAGAGUGGAUAUCGCCACAUCGAUUGUGCUCGGAUAUAUGGAAAUGAGAAGGAGAUUGGUGUAGUUUUAAAGAACCUGCUCGAUGGAGGAGUUGUGAAGAGAGAGGAAUUGUUUAUAACAUCAAAACUCUGGUGCACAGACCAAGCACCUGAAGAUGUACCUGUGGCCUCAAGCCACACACUCCAAGAUCUGCAGCUUGAAUAUGUUGAUUUGUACCUCAUACAUUGGCCUGUGCGUAUGAAAAAGGGAUCUGUGGGCUUUAAACCAGAAAACCUUGCGACAACUGAUAUACCUGGAACAUGGAAGGCCAUGGAAGCACUCAAAGACUCUGGCAAGGCACGAGCCAUAGGCGUUAGCAAUUUCUCAGUGAAAAAGCUUGGUGAUUUGCUGAAUGUAGCUCGCAUUCCUCCGGCCGUCAACCAGGUUGAAUGCCAUCCCGUAUGGCAGCAGGCUAAACUGCGGGAAUUCUGUAAAUCCAAGGGAGUUCACCUAUCUGGUUAUUCACCUUUGGGCUCUCCUGGUUCAUCGGGGAUGAAAGGCGAAGUCCUCAAGCAUCCUGUUGUGAUUGAUAUUGCAGAAAAAUUAGGCAAAACUCCCGCACAGGUGGCACUAAGGUGGGGAUUGCAAAUGGGCCACAGUGUACUUCCAAAGAGCACCAAGGAAUCACGGGUCAAAGAAAACUUUGAUGUUUUCGGAUGGAGCAUACCAGAUGACUUGCUCGUUAAAUUCUCUGAGAUUCAGCAGCAGGAAAGAUUGAUAAAGGGCACUGCAUUUGUCCAUGAGACGAUGGGUCAGUACAAAACACUUCAAGAGCUUUGGGAUGGAGAGAUCUAAGACACUCAAUAAUCAACCUUCGGUUGGCAAUUCGAAUACAUGUGAAAAUAACAGAGCAGUUAUCUGGUAGUAAUUAUUGCCUAGAGCGCAUUGGACUGGGUUUGUGCUCUGUAAUGCCAAAGGUUUCGCACUAUCAUAUUUUUACACUAAAACUAUAUGGUGCUGCAUUCAUGAUUUUACUGGAUUAUGUUACUUAAUUUCAGUCCAUAUUUUUGUGAUUCAAAGCCACAAAAUUAUUAGGUAAAUU